AUGGAAAACAUAGUGAGAAAGCGCUUGGGCGAGAAUGCCUUAGAAUCCAUUAAUGACUACCGACUCUGCUCAUGGCUCAGCCACCAAGAGGAUGUCCACCGAAUGGUCUUCUACAUCGCUGACAGUCAUUGCAGUCCCUCUGCAUGGACUCGGCGUUGCCUGCGCCAGGCCGACUGCGUUGUUCUUCUCGCUCUUGCUUCCGCUGAUGACCCUACAAAGCUUUCACCCAUCGAACAAGCGCUGAGCGGCCUCACUACGAAGGUGACAAAGAUACUCGUUCUCCUCUAUCCGCUGGAAACAGAGUAUCCACCUGCAAAACGCACCGCAGCUUGGCUUAACGCUCGACCUUGGGUUACACAACAUUACCAUAUUCGUUGCCCUCCUCGUGUCCUCAACCCUACAGUGAAGAACCUUAUUAAGUUUUAUAGUCAAGUUUUCCUUUUGGAAGAACCGAAUCAGCACUCGGAUAUGUCACGACUGGCGAGAUAUCUCACUGGGCAGGCGGUGGGAUUGGUGCUUGGUGGAGGAGGGGCCAAAGGUGCUGCUCAUGUGGGAGUCAUCCGUGUGCUCCAGGAGGCAGGAAUCCCUAUUGACAUGGUCGGUGGAACAAGUAUUGGGGCGCUAAUAGGUGCAAUGUGGUCUGAGGAAACGCGAGUAGCGCAAUUAUCUCAACGCUCACGCGACUUUGCGCGUGUCUUCAAGUCCAUCUGGCCCAAACUGAGGGACAUCACGUAUCCCACAGUUUCCCUCUUUUCGGGUUACGAGUUCAAUUCCCACAUUGAAUCCAUUUUCAAAGAUCGCCAAAUUGAGGAUUUGUGGGUGCCUUACUUCUGUGUCACUACGGAUAUCAGCAACUGUAAGAUGCGAGUCCAUACCAGUGGUAAGUCUCUCAGAUUUCGCUUAUCUUUUAGCAUGGACUUGCAUAUACAAUUAUGUAACUGA